CUUGAAUGAUCUAAAGAAAGACUUCAAAAACCAGCAGAGUUCCACGUUUCUUUCUGAGUGAAGCUAUGUUUUUUCAUAUGUAUGAGGCAGUAAAGCUGGGCAUCAUGUUCACAUGGACUUUCUUUCUUUCUUGCAACGUUCAGUAGUGAUUUCACUUGAUUUCUUCCUCUUCUUUCAUCUAGGCCUGUGAAUUAUGUAGACGAACUAGAGGUAGGUAGACUCAAAUCUAAAACCAGCUCUGAGACCUAGACUCUACUAACCUUCACAGAAGGCCCAUCACAUCCUCAUCUUUCUCUCCAACACUCUCACCACCUUAGUAACGAGAAAAUUAAGACACUCCUCCUGAGGAAAGUUUUAACUAGUACGUUACAAAGCAAGAUAAGAAAAAAACGAGCAACCCAUCGGGUCAACGAUCUCAACAAACAACUCUUCUCAAAAUGCAACGCGCCAACCCGAACCAAAACGCGGGAGCUCCGGCUCGCCGCCGCCUCCGCAACAAUCCCUCUGAUGAGGCGGCCAAGGAAAUCGCGACUAUGGUCCGCUUGGAGGUACUAAGCUAAUACUUGUAUAAUCCUUUUGAUGCUGUGAAUGAUCUUAGAAACAACUUGAAGUCGAGUAGAAUACAUCUUCAGAGCGAGAUUUUGCAGCUUCUACUUUACUUUCAUACGCUAGUAUAUUGAGCAACUCACUCCGCCAUCUACUUCAUUAUCAUUUUCACAAUCUAAACAUCUCAUCACAGGCCACUCCCUCGGUGUUGUUCGCAUUGCGCGAGGUGUUUCGCAGUUGCCAGCGCAACCGCAACCGCGCGGUGCAGUGCGUGUUGCAUCCUCCGCCGGUUGGCAUGCGUUCGCCGCCCGAACAAGUGAUCCAGGCGCAAAUGCGUGAAUACUCUACCAAGGCCCGCGAGUUGAGCAGCAUUGUGAGUGGUGGGCGCAUGGUUGAGGAAUUGGCUUCGAACGGUGGUCUGGACCAGUUCACCACUCAGGAGAAUGAGUUGAUUUCGGUACUGAAAAACUUCGUUUAUAGGUUCUUACUAGUGCUUGUAGUGAUACAUCUAAAGAAGCUCCUGACUCUUGAUGAUGGUUCACCGUAUAGAUUUCCGAUAUUUAGCCAUUUAGAUCCACUGUUAGCAGUAGCAGAAGUCCACUAUCUACGAGAAAGAUCGUAGUAUAUUGUUCAGACAGUAGUACUAGGAUCAUGUUAUUUCUCUCUGUGUGAAACGAUGGACUCAUCUUCUUCUCCACGACUGAAAACAUAGAAGUUUCACGUUUUUAGAAACAAUAACAUAGAUCAAGAUUGGACUUUCUGAAGGACUGAGUCUUGCAGUAAGGUCACGACCCAUGUCUUUCGAUGUGUGGGCUCGUUCUUGCUUGCUGCAAAAGAGAUCCUCAUGCAGGAAGCGUCUGUGUUUGCUAUAAGAGCCAGGCACCUCUGUAUGCCUUGGCUCUACAUAGCGGGCGCUACACUCCUUUAUCUAAGAUCUACAACCAUCUAUACUUCUUUGCGAUUCAUCCCCCUACCAUCUCCACACCACAGACGGCCUUGCAGAAUCGAGCUUUGGCACAGACUACACGCGCAGCCGCUGGCAGAAUGAUGAGAGGCAUUUCCCGCACAGCCGCAUUGACCGCCAACGCCGCCAACGUUCUGAUCCUCGAGCUGGCUGCCGUUGUAUGUCUGUUCACUGGUGUCGUCGUGGCCCGCAACGAACGUGGUGCGCCAAUGGAUUUAUACUCGUUCUAUCAGUGGUACUUUUGUUCUAAAUAUUGGUAAUUUCUCUCUCAUGUAUGAAGAAGAAGGUCAUGAAUGUAGUCCAUGUCUCUAAAGUUGCGAUCUUUUUCAUAUGGCAGAUCACUACGUCUUAGCUAAAGCUCAGUACCAUGAUCCUUCGUUUCAUGAACAGUAAAGACAUGGGUCUAGUUUCUUAGGAAUUGCAACUCACGAAAGAUAACGAGAUGAUGAAUCUACUCAACACUCCAGGCUGGAAUGCAAUAUGGCUGACUUGGCGCCGCUGAGCAUCCUCCACGAGUUCUACAUGGCCACUGAGCAUCUUGUCCGUACUGGACAAAUCCAUACGCUGCAACUCCUGCGGGAGCAAGUCGUGCAAGGAGAGCCGGCUAAUUCGAUUCUGCGGAAGUACUUUGACGACUUCCAGUAUGUGCAGGUAUUCUUCUGAUGAUAUUCUAAACUUGGAAGGAAAUCAGAGGGAGGAGGGAAGCAUCUGCGUACUCAUUGAUAGGAAGAUGAUGAAAUGAUCUGUGAACUCCUUCAGGAAUCAAAUGAACGCCGAGUCCUCAUGUGAUAUCCAUAUUGAUUCAUCUGUGAUAAACUCAUCAAACAAAAACCUUCCAGAUGAUUUCGGGAGCCAUUUUGAAAAUUUCGGAGGAUAAGUUUCUCAACAUCGUGGUUGAUUUCACGAAUCAGAUUGUUGAUAUGGCUGGCAUGACUCGCGGGGAGGCGAUGCAAUGUCUUGCUGAUUCCCGCUGGGAAUUUCUUGUGAAGCUGAUUCAGAAAUCCCUCGAGGCCUCGUCCUCCUUCCGCGUUGAGUUCGCUGAACAACCAUACCGCCUCGUACUAAACAUUGCUUAUCGUGUGUUGCUUAUUGACGUAUGAAAACUGAAGCAUUCUACGUGAGACAAGUGAUCGCUUCAAAGAUAGCAACUCAUCGGCUCAAACAACAUCAUUCGACUCACGACUAGACUGAACUCAGAACGUGUUGCCUACUAUGAUAAUCCUACGUCUCAUCACAGAUCGCACCGGAGGUCAAGGAAUGGUGGGAGAUCGUGUGCAACGGGCUGAAUCUGACGUUGGGCCACCCGUUGCUCCUGGGUUUGAACCACGUCUUCAAGGUGAAGAUCCCCGAUGGCGUUACUAUGAAGGUACAGACUUUCUUCAUUUCGAUGUCGCAUAGAGAUACACGUUAUUUCUCUCAGUGCAGUACGUUCGAAGAAUAGUAAAGUGUUUGGAGUAGUGUGGGAGGCUGGUAAGGAAGUGGAAUGCAGCUGAGUGCUGGAAAUUUGAAACCGUCUGUGACUGUUCCUUCAUUCUAAAUUUUCUAAAUCAUCACAUUCUAACUUCAAAACACUCUUACAGAAUCGUUACGUGUCCAAGGAGCUUGACAAGACCAUGCCGCAGGGGCGUCUGCGUCGCAAGCUGACGGCUGCGAUGGACAAGGCCCAUCAGAACGACCUCUUGGUCUACAACGCUAAGGUCAACGCUUUGGUGCAGCAGUUGAAGAACGAAGACAUGCAGAACUUCAUGGAUGAAUCUAAGUACUUCGAGAAUUUUGGUGCAGAUGGUGCAAUGGGGUUGAAGGAGGUCUCCACCUACAUCGUCGGUUUGCGUGAUAUCGUCCGUGGCAACUUGGACGAUUCUACAGGACAUCAGGAGGAUAUGGCACGCCAGAUGGAGCAGUUGGAGGCUCUCAAGGAGCGCGAUUCGAUCUCUAAGACCUUGUGGAGUCUGUUGCGCCAGUUGCGCAAGGCAGUGGUCGAGCACUUGUACAAGGUUCCCAUCAUGGCGAUCGAACAGGCCCUGCCAGGUAAUUACUCUCUUCAUUAAAUAUCUUCUUUUAUGAUUUAGAUUUUUUAGAUAUGCGAGUCACGUCAGAUUCUUUAGCAUUGAUCUUCAACUUACACAACGUUCGCGAAAGAUAUACUGACUUCCCUCCCAACACAGGUAACUUCGCUCAGGCCGAGCAACACUACAACGGCAUGUGUACUUCUUGGCACUUUCUGUACAUGGAGCGCCUCACCGAGUUGGCUGUCAAGAUCGAUGAUGCUAAGAGAGUUCAUGGACAAGGUGGAGGAAAUCAGGUUGGUCAGCAAAAUCAACUCGCGCACUACCUUGCCUUGGCACGUAACAACAACAAUGCCCUCCACGCUUCGGAAGGCGAAGAGGAUGAUGAGGAAGAAGAGCUGCAAGCAGAGCCAGAGGAUGAGGAAUCGAACGAUGAUGAUGACAACGAGGAGGAUGGUAAUGAUCAGGGUGGUAAUGAUGGUGGCAAGGCAACGUCAUCUAAGACAGGCUCUACCUCUGUCUCGAAGUAAGGGGGAAAUCUUCGCGUCGAUGAUCUAUGUUCGUUUGUAA